CUUGUCCCCACAUUUUUCCCGUAGUCGCCGACAGGAACUGCGAGUUUAUUCCCCCGCCGAUGAGUUGCCCACAUUUUACCCCAGAAUUUCAGAUUUCGGCCAAUGUCACUUUUGGCCAGUUCAACAGUUCAUUCAGAGAUAACCUCCAGUGCAAAGACACCUACCUAAGGCCGGACCCCGGAGGCGCUUUCAUCCCCUGGCUCUAUGCACUUUUUUUGCUCCUGUUCCAUCUGCCAGCAUGCAUCAUUCGUGCAGUUAGAUGGGAGUCCGCACAAUACCUCGCUUUGGGGCUAGCUGUUCUGGGCAUAGCUUUGACCGCUCAGUCCUUCCAGAGCACAUCGCUGCAGGCCAAGAACAUCCUAGUUUGGAUGCCCUUGACCCUAAUUCUGGACGUUGGGGCCAUGUUGCAAAUGGUCGUUCUAAUCAUCGAAAAACAUGGGGAGUCACUGAGACAUGCUAUCGUCGCCAUCAUCGCCUUCGUCCUCCUCUUAACUCUUCUCUUCUUACAAAUCUGGGCGCUCGCUGCUGCUGUUCAAGGUCGAAACCACAAGAAAAGCCUGCGAGUGAAAUGGUGUUCUCCGGCAUUCCAAGACUUUACACUCGCCAUCACCACCGGGAACUGCAACGUGUAUGGUAUCUUGGAAAGUAGCAGUAACGGUAUUAGCUGCAUAGAGCUCCCAGCCGUUCUGCAGGAUGAGUGGUUGACCGGAACCAUCAUCUGCCUCUCCGGCGCCAUUGUGUGCCAGGCCAUUGAUAUGGCAUUGCUGCGAUGCGCCCAUGGUCGGAGAUGUCGUGGCGUCCGGAUGCAGCGACCUUGGCUGACGAUGUUCGGAGGAGUCAUUCUACUCGUCCUCCUAAUUACCUUGGGCGUGUUCAAUGCAAACAGGCUCCCAGAAGGAGUCACAAGUCUUGUGUGGGUAUAUAGGAAAGAACCUAUGGCAGUAGUUGGAAGCGUUUGUCAAACGAGACUAAAAUCGCCCGGGCUAAGGGGAAUGAUCAUUGGAUGGACAGACGGCCUUUUUGAAAGCUGGAGCUCAGCUUACGAAGGAAGUGUCGUUCGGAGGCGCGGACUGAUUGCACCGUUCUAUUAG